AAACAUCCAACUUUCUGUCUGAAUUCAUUGAACCACCAAUUCUAAAAUCAUAAUUCAACAUGCCUCGUUCAAAGCGUGCGCGCGUCGUCCACGAGUCGAAGACUGCCAAGAAAGAUCACAAGGAGCAGACCCGUCGGCUAUUCGCCAACAUCCGGGAAUGUAUCGAGGAAUAUGAUCACCUUUUUGUCUUUGCGGUCGAUAAUAUGCGGAACACCUAUUUGAAGGAUGUGCGCACUGAAUUCGGCGACAGCCGGGUUUUCUUCGGUAAGACCAAGGUCAUGGGCAAGGCCCUUGGCACUGACGUCGAAAGCGAAGCCGCUCCCAACGUGCGCAAACUCACUCCUUUCCUCGCCGGCGCCGUCGGCUUGCUCUUCACCUCCCGCACUCCGGAAUCAGUCAUCGACUACUUCGAGAACUUCCGCCCCCAGGACUUCGCCCGCGCUGGAACCGAAGCCACCCGAUCUUUCACCAUCCCCAACGGCCUGGUCACCGCUCGGGCCGGCGAGAUCCCUGCUGAUCAGGACGAGCCUGUCAGCCACACGAUUGAGCCCGCGCUCCGCAAGCUCGGCGUCCCCACCCGUCUGGUGAAGGGCAAGGUCAUGCUUGAGUUGACUGAGGGUCAGGAGGGUUACCCCGUAUGCCAAGAGGGAGAGACUCUGGACUCACGACAGACUACGUUGUUGAAGAUGUUCGGUAUCACCUCGUCCGAGUUCAAGGUCGAUCUCAAGGCCUACUGGACGCGGAGUACUGAGGAGGUCAAGAUCCUCGAGACUGAGGGUGGAAUGGAUGUUGAUGCAUAGAUGGGAUCUUUAUAUUUUUCCGUUUUUUAUUUCUUCUCUUUCCCAUUCGGCUUCCGUGUGGCCGAAAAAAGAACUCUGCUGGGCAUCUUAUGGAGUUUGGUGAGGGCGCUUUCUUUGCAAAUAUAUUGAAGACUUGUGUGUUUUAUCUCUCUUUCUCUCGUCCUUAUAUGGGGGGGUUUCCCUCCUGCUGGAUCAUGAGCCUAUGACAAGAUUCGGAUACCAGGUCGAAAAAAGUCUACAAAUUUACCUCGUUCUUGGA